AUGAGUAAAUCUGAGGGCAUGGACAUUCUUUCUAAAGUGGCAUUGAAUGAAGGAAUGAGCAAUUACGUAUUUGUUGUUUAUCGCCAUGCAGUCGCCACUCUUGUCAUGGCCCCUUUCGCGAUUCUUCUUGAUAGGAAAACGAGGCCAAAAAUGACACGUCCGAUUUUCUUCAAGAUUAUGAUGCUUGCACUACUGGAGCCAGUUAUUGAUCAGAAUCUUUACUUUAUGGGCCUUAAAGCUACCACAGCGACUUUUGCAGCUGCAAUGUCGAACGUUCUUCCUGCUAUAACUUUUGUCAUGGCAUGUAUUUUAAGAGUUGAGAAGCUAAACCUAAAGAGCAUCCAUAGCCAGGCCAAGGUAUUAGGGACAGUGACAACUGUUGCAGGAGCCAUGGUGAUGACACUUAUGAAAGGCCCGAUUAUCGAGCUUUUUUGGACAAAAGGAAGAACGUAUCAUGAAGUUGCAACCAGUGGAGUAGAUCUUCACCAUUCUCUCAAGGGUGCUUUUAUGAUCACUGUUGGAUGCGUCAGUUGGUCUGGUUUCAUGAUUCUGCAAUCGAUCACCCUAAAGUCUUAUCCCUCUGAGAUUUCUCUAACUGCUUGGAUAUGCUUAAUGGGAACAAUUGAGGGAGGGAUAUUGGCAUUGAUAAUGGAGAGGGGAAAUCCCGCAGCCUGGGCAAUAAAGUGGGACACAACACUAAUGGCAACUGUAUACACAGGGAUAGUGUGUUCGGGUCUAGCAUAUUACAUCCAAGGACUAGUAAUGAGAGUCAAAGGUCCGGUUUUUGUGACUGCAUUUAGUCCAUUGUGCAUGAUAAUUGUAGCUGUGAUGGGUUCCAUUAUUCUAGCUGAGCAAAUGUACCUAGGAAGGGUUAUUGGAGCCAUUGUCAUAGUUGCAGGGCUUUAUCUUGUUGUUUGGGGUCUUAGCAAGGACAACAAGCUUCCAUCUGUACCUAUUGACGAGAAGAUAAUAGCACUAGAAGAACAGAUGCCGGGUAAAGAAUGUGAAGAAAGUCAUUAUCAUAAGGUCAUAACCGUGAAAGCCUCAGAUGGAGUUGCUUCUGUCUAGGAGUUUGUGAUGAUCGGAGUCGGAUGAAUGGAUUAAGCUCUUAAUAAAUCUCAUGCUCUAAGAAUUCUCAUGCAUCUAAUAAGUGUGUGUCAAAUGGAUACCACUAUUGUUAGUAUCUCACAUGGACUUUCCAUUGUCAUCCAUAUUACCACAUGUUUUAUUAAUGUUAUAGAGUCUGAAAAAUCCCUUAAUCAAAGUUUUCACGUAGUGAUGAAGCGUUAUUAUCAUCACUACUGAAAUCUGAUCAAUUGAUUAGGCAUUGUUAUCGUUAUGUUUGUUGAAGGUACCCAUGGGUGCUAUUCUAAUACCGUGUCGUUAAAAAUCAAGAUUCUUGUAUUAUUCUUUCUGAAAUAUAUAUAUGAACCAAUUGUUAUAGAACCGUUAUUCUCCAU